UUCUUCUCUCUCUCGCUAGAGCUACAAAUAUUAUAAUAUAUAUUUUUUUUAUUUCUCCCUGCUUAGGACUUUAAUAUAUAUAUAUACAUAUAUACUCUAAAGUUGGAAGCUUUGUAUUCUUAUGUAUGAUGGUUGUGUUGUGUGAAUUCUCAAGCCAAGCAAAGUCCUCUCUUUCACACCUUUCAGACUCUAAACCAUGGGAAGAAGAAUCUAGGGUUUAGCAGCACCAGGUCCAUCAAGGUCUGUGCUUUGGUGCUUUUUUGUUUUCUUUGUCACUGGAAAAUUGGGUCGGUUUUUCUAAAGGAGGAUAUGCUGCAACCCCCAAGGCACCCUCUGUUGGUUCUGAUUCGACGGUUUUCUUUGUUUCCGAAAAACAUGCCAUUUUUUCUCCCUGAGUUGGAAUCUUGAAACCUUAACUUGAAAUCCUAUUUUUGUGCCUCCUUGUCUGGUGAAAAAAUGGGAUUUUUUCCAUCUGGGUCGGUUUAUCUGCCACAUGAGGCUGAAUGUCUGAUAUGUUUGUGGAUAAGUGGGGUACUUUCUUAGUAGUCUUCUUGUGUGUUUGGUUUAGUUCUGCCCCUUGUUUGGGGACUUAGUUUUUCCCUUUUUUGUUUUUGUUUGUGAUUUUUUGAUGGAAGAGGUUGAGCAAGCUAAUAGAGCUGCUGUUGAAAGCUGCCAUAGGGUUCUGAGUUUGUUGUCUCAGCCCAGGGAUCAGGUUCAGCAUAGGAAUUUAGUGGUGGAAACUGGAGAAGCUGUGGUGAGGUUCAAGAAGGUUGUUUCCUUGCUUCACAAUGGUUUGGGUCAUGCAAGGGUGAGGAAGGUUAAAAACCCUCAACCCCCCUUUUGCCAGAGAAUCUUCCUAGACAACCCAAAUUCUGGCAAAACCAACCAUCUCUCUAAAAAUCUGCAGUUUCCCCAAACCAGCUUUCAUGACAAUUCAAUUCAGGAACUAGGUUCAACCAUAAAAAAUUCUCUCUCUCUUGGACAACCAUCUUUGGAAUUGAGCUCUAGUGGGAAAAGUCCUCUUAACCUCGCACAGCAGGGUUCAUCAACUCACUAUCACUUUUUUCAGCAGCAGCAGCAGCAAAGGUUGUUGCUGCAGCAGCAACAACAACAACAACUGAAGCAUCAAGCAGAAAUGAUGUUCCGAAGGAACAACAACAGUGGCAUAAACCUGAAUUUUGACAGCACUAGCUGCACACCAACAAUGUCAUCCACCAGGUCCUUUAUUUCCUCCUUGAGCAUAGAUGGAAGCGUGGCUAACUUGGAUGGAAGUUCCUUCCAUUUAAUAGGAGCUCCACACUCUUCUGAUCAGAAUUCGCAACAGCACAAGAGAAAAUGUUCGGCCAGAGGUGAUGAGGGCAGCCUGAAAUGUGGGAGCAGUGCUAGAUGCCAUUGCUCUAAGAAGAGGAAACAUAGAGUGAAGAGAUCGAUUAAGGUGCCUGCUAUCAGCAACAAACUUGCAGAUAUCCCUCCUGAUGAUUAUUCAUGGAGGAAGUAUGGCCAGAAACCAAUCAAGGGCUCUCCUCACCCUAGGGGAUAUUAUAAGUGCAGCAGCAUGAGAGGGUGUCCUGCUAGGAAGCAUGUUGAGAGAUGCUUGGAAGAGCCUACCAUGCUAAUUGUUACCUAUGAAGGCGAACAUAACCACCCCAAGUUACCAACACAAACUGCAAAUGCAUGAACUUUGUGGAGAGCUUAACCAAGACCAAGCCUAUCAGUCAAUUUGUCAAAAUCUUUGUGUUUGGCUUGAGAUGCUGCUGUACAUAUUUUAAGUGAUGUAGUCAUGGAUGAAUAUUGUUGGCGCAGAUUUUGGCUUAUGGAUAGUUUGGCUAACGAGCCGUAUAUUUAGGGGAUGAGAAUGAGGAUCACUGAUUAAAUGAACCUGUAAAAUUGGCUAGUUUCAAUUGGAAGAACUGUUUCAUCUUUCUUAAGCCUGUUAUAAACAUUUCAGGUUUUUCUAAAUGAAUGAAAUGCCUUUGCAAAA